AUGGACCCCAAUCCAUUCUCUCCACUAGCAAGAGGCAGGAGAGGCAGGAGAGGCAGAGGGGGAAUUAACCCAUUUGCCAACAAUGACAAGAACAAACCGGGGGCAAACUGGAGGAACCAUCCAGACUUCGAAGAAGAGGAAGAACACAGGGAGGAAGUUCUGCCCAGGCCAUAUAGAAUGGAGCACAGGAUUGAGAACAUGCAGCUAGAACAAGGGCGAAAUCUGCAUACUGUCAAUGCUUUGAAUGACAUGGGGGCACUUCAGGGAAAUGAUGGAGCCCGAAGCCAGAAGAGGAGAAAGGCCUACCUAUAA